UGAUAAAAAGAGUGAGCGAGCAAAGGAUAUGCAUCUAGUGAAGAAGUUAAAUGCUUUACUCAAAGCUAAAACCUCAGAUCCAGAUUUGAUUGAAGCUGAAGCAAAGGAAUUAAUACUUGAUAUCAAAUACCCUGCUACAAAGAAACAGGCUCUGGAAAGUAUAUUGACAAGUGAACGUGUGCCACUUCCAUCUCUCACAAACAUCACUCAGACAUUAAUGGAUAAUUUAAAAAAACAGGAGCUUGAGUGUGUGGAUGAAGGACUACUGCAGUUCUGUGCAAACAAGUUGAAGCUGUUACAUCUUUAUGAACUAGUUAGCAAAUUAAAUUCCCAAAGCAUACAGAAAGACACUCCACCCUCAGAUAAUGACUUGGCUAAACUGCUUCAGCUGGAAGAAAAAGAUUUUCAUAGGCUCCAGACUUUACUGGAGAACUACAAGAAAGAAAACACCCAAACUACUGUUCAGUUUGCUGAUGAGAAGGAUGAUGUAUUGUCUGUGAAAAUGUUCUUAGAGUAUUUGGAAUAUGAAAAGGACAUGAUUAAUGUGAAAGAUAUGGAAGAUGGAGAAUAUGUGGCUUUAGGCAGCUUUUUCUUCUGGAAGUGUUUGUGUGGGGAGAGUUCGACAGAGGAAAUGUGUCAUGCUUUGGAAUCAGCAGGUUUUAGCCCUCAAAUCUUGUUGUCACUCCUUCUCAAUUUAUGGCUUUCCAAGGAAAAAGAUGUUCUAGACAAACCAGAUUCUGUCAGUUGCCUUCACACUAUGCUGUCACUUCUGAGCAAAAUGAAAGGUGAAAUCAAUGUUAACACCCAAUGCCCCAAGCUUGAGUUUCCUGCUCUCCCUUUCCACGAGUCGUGGGACACUCAGUCGGUUUCCCCCUGGUGGCAGCAAAUGCGCACGGCUUGUGUCCAGUCUGAAAAUAACGCAGCUGCCUUGUUAUCUGCGCACGUUGGACAUUCUGUAACUGCACAGAUAAUUGACAGUGUGACAGAGAAAAAGUUUUCCCAAAUAAUUGUAGGUUCAGACACAGAAUCCUGGGAAGCACUUUCUCUUGAUACUGAAUAUUGGAAACUUUUGCUGAAACAGCUACAGGAUUGUCUGAUACUUCAAACACUACUGCAUAGCAAAGUGAGCAAAAGGACAAAAAGAGUUUCAUCACUCCAGACUGAGCCUUUGGCCAGGCUUUCUGUAAAGAAAUUGCUUGAAGCUGGAAAAGGAGGUAUUGCUGAUACUGUAGCAAAGUGGGUUUUUAAGCAAGGCUUCAGUCCUCUUGUACUGAAUUUGGCCCAACACAAAACCAAUACAGAUAGUACUGAAGAAUCUGUAGAAAUGCAUACUAAUAUCUUUCUUGAGGAACCAGAAGCAGAUGCAGGCUUGGAAACAAUCCUAGAGCUGCUGCAACUAGCAUAUCAGCAAUUUCCAUGUAGUCUUGAAGUGGAUGUACUCCAUGCACAUUGCUGUUGGGAAUAUGUAGUACAGUGGAAUAAGGACCCAGAGGAAGCAUGUUUUCUCAUUAGGUCUAUAGAUCAUCUAAGAUGCAUCAUUAAUGCUCACAUUCAGCAUGGUAUUGCUCUGAUGAUGUGGAAUACAUUCAUAGUAAAAAGGCUUUCUUCUGCUACGUAUCUAAUGGACAAGGUUGGAAAAGCUCCAAAGGACAGAUUAUGCAGACGGGACGUAGGUAUGGGUGACACAGCAAUGACAGCUUUUCUUGGCUGCUGUUCAGAUCUUCUGCAAACAUUGCUAGAGGCUGACGUUAGUAGCGACGAAAUGCAGGCUCCCGUCUUAGAUACUGAAGAUGCUUGGGUGUCGGUAGAAGGACCAGUAUCGAUAGUAGAACUAGCCCUUGAGCAGAAACGCAUUCACUACCCACUUGUUGAACACCAGUUUGUGUUAUGUUGUAUCUUGUAUGCCAUCAUGAGGUUUUCUCUGAAGAGUGUGAAGCCUCUUUCGCUGUUUGAUAGCAAGGGCAAAAAUGCAUUUUUCAAAGACCUUACUUCAAUUCAGCUGCUACCUAGUGGGGAUAUGGAUCCAAAUGUGUUAUCCAUACGACAACAGUUCUUGGUCAAAGUUGUGAGUGCAGCGGUUCAAACACUAUGCUCAUCACAAAAGGCCAAAGAAGUCUCAGAAGAGGAAUUGUUUCCUUUUGAAAAGGGGAAGAAUUGGCCAACUUUGGCUGUGGACCUGGCUCAGUAUCUUCAAAUCUCUGAGGAUGUGGUCAAAAGGCAUUAUGUCUGUGAACUGUAUAGUUACGGGAUGGAUCAUCUUGGUGAAGAGGCCUUUCUUCAGGUGACUGACAAAGAAGUGCUUGCAUCACAGCUGCUCAUACUGGCUGGACAGAGACUGGCCUUCGCUUUACUUCAUACGCAGACAAAGGAGGGUAUGGAACUCCUCGCUAGGCUUCCUCCAACACUAUGUACUUGGCUCAAAGCUAUGGACCCCCAGGAACUUCAAAAUUUGGAAGUGCCAAUUGCAACGACAGCUAAACUAGUGAACAAAGUCAUAGAGCACUUACCGGAGAAUCAUGGGCAGUAUAGCCUUGCCUUGAACCUGAUAGAGGCUGUAGAAGCCAUCUUAUGACAUUCUUGGUUAGCACAGUUCUGCUAUAUAGUGGUAUAAUGCAUGAUCUUACGCAAUGAGGCUGAACUUUGCAGAAAGAAACUUUUGUGUGGCUCUUGUUAAAUGAUGAAAAGAACAACGCUCCCCAUCCCAGAACUUCAGAAGGCAAUUUUAAAUUGGAGUAUAUUUUAAAUUCUGCACUAGUACAAAGAUGUUUAGUUUCUAGUACACUUGUCAGUAUCUGAAAUGCUUUGUUAUUUAUUUCUGACUUGAGCGUUUUUUGCGGUAGUCUAAAUUGGAUAUAUUUGACAGCAGUUUUAGUCUAUUUACAAAAUCACAUCUUGUGAAAUUCUGUAUUUCAUGCUGGCAGUAACUGCUGCAGUUUCAAUGUUCCAUGUAUGAUUUGUUUUUCAAAACAAGCUGUGGAAUUACACCCGAGAAAAACUCUGAAGUUACCAUGUAAAGCCGAUACUGCUUUUUCAGAAGCUAGAGCUGGUGUUGGGCUCAUGCCUUGUAACUGCA